GGAGCACGGCAUGUUUCUAGGCUCCGCCUCUCGAGCCUCGUCCAGGACGAGUUCAGCUCGAGCGAGUCCAGUGGUGGAGGAGAAACCGGACAGAGACUUUCUGGACAAAGGUUCCAGGACAGCUUUGACGCUGUCGGCCUCCACGCUCGCCUCUCUGGGCGGAGCUUCAUCGCGAAGAGGAAGCUGUGACACAUCGUUCUCUGUGGAGACGGAAGCGUCCAUCAGAGAAAUCAAGGACUCUCUGGCCGAGGCCGAGGAGCGUUACCGCAGAGCGAUGGUUUCUAACGCUCAGCUUCACAACGAGAAGUCGUGUCUGAUGUAUCAGGUGGAGACUCUGAAGGAGGAGCUGAGCGACAUGGAGGAGCAGCUGUGGGAGGCUCGACAACACUGUGGCGACACCACAAAGGAGUUGGAGCGCGAGCGUCAGUCUCACAGUUUCCUUCAGUUCCAGUUCAAAGAGAUGAAAGACACUUUGAGAAAAACUGAGGAAAUGCUGACG